ACCAGAUCUGUUAACCAUUAACUUUUUGACUUUUCUUAUCAACGUUUUUGAUUAUAAUCUUUAUAAUUGUGAUUGUAUAACGCGAAUAUGUUUGUUUUCCAUCGAGCCCGUACCUGAAAUUUGUUAUUUGUUAUGGUAAUUUGAAAUUGUUUAUCCUGUUAAAUGGAUAGAUUUAGCCUGCUUGGAAAAGAUGAAGCCUACACGGCCUAUUGUCUAUACAAAUGUAUAAAGACACAGCAAUUGGUGUUAUGUGAAUAUUUGUUGCAUGCGAAAACUGCAAAUCCUAAUUUUGUGUUGGAAGGAUAUGGGAUCGCUCCAUUCCAUUGUGCAGUUGGUAUAGGCACUGAACAAUUUGCACUACAAACGGUGGCACUUUGUUUACAGUAUGGAGGCGAUCCAAACUUAAGGAGUAGUGAUGAUACAACUCCUCUAAUGAUAGCUGCUAUUUGGAAAAGGGCAGAGAUUUUAAAAUUACUUCUCAACCAUGGAGGUGAUCCUAGUAUCAUCGAUCAUGAUGGUUCUUCUGUAUUUGAUUAUGCAGCAGAAUGUGGAGACAAGAAAGUCUAUAAUAUAUUACUAAAAUACACAUCACAGUUUGUCACCAAAAGACCAAAGAGAAAGAGCAGAACAUACCAAGGGCCACCAGUUAUUUAUGAUGAAACACGUAUGGAUAGCGAAAUUUAUUCUACUAUUGAUAGUGAUAAGAGUGACAUUUCAUUUUUAAAUGAAAAUAUUUAUCCAGCGAAUAGCACUAAUUUCUUUUUAAAGAGAAAAGGCAUGCACAAUAAAAAUGAAGAAUAUUCAGACAUCGACAGCGGAUUGAGUUAUGUGGAAGUUUACGCACCAAACAGUACAGAUAUUUCAUAUGACAUUUCGGAAGAAAUUGAAAAACUUAAGCUAAACCCGCCUGUAACAGUAUGCUGCAACGAUAAAAGUGUUGAUGUUAAAAGUAGUACUGAUAGCAAGGAAAUUGGCCAAACAGAAAUAUCUUUUACACCUUUAAUCCUCACCGAUACAAUAAUUGAAAGGUCAUCUGUACAAAGUGAGGACUGUUCGCAAAUUGGAGGAGUAUCCAAUCCUUCGUACAAUGAGUUAAAUGAACGGAUAAUUGGAUCUCAAUCUUCAUUAAGUUCUCUUUCAUCUUGUGCAACUGAUGUAUUAAAAUUUGAAUUGAAAAAAAAUAAUCUCUUUGUUGGCCCUGUGCUCAAAAAUACUAAAAAGGUUUAUUUGAGAAAGCUCAAAAAAUUUAAGAAGGGUCAAAUAAAUAUCGAAGAAGAUGAUGAAAAAGGCUUGAAUGAAAUUUUGGCGCUGACAUUCAAACGCUCUGAUUUUAUUUUAUACCUUGAAAAAUGGAGCAGUAUCGAGCAAGAAUUAGUCAGUUCUUUAGACGUACAUGGAGUAAAAUUACGAAGGGCUGGCUGUGAGAAAGUCUACUUUACUUACCUCUUGCUGGAUCCAACUCUCACUUGCAAUCUGCCCCAAUCGCAAAAGUAUCUCGAGAAACAUGAAGUUUGGAAAUUAUUUGUGAAGGCAAUUUUUUACGUUGGUAAAGGUAAAAAUGCUCGACCCCACAGCCACCUUUAUGAUGCUGCUAAAUCAACCGUUGGUGGCAUUAAUUCUGCAAAGAACAAACGUAUUCAUCACAUAUGGGAGCAGAAUUUGGGUGUUGUUUGCCUAAACGUUUUCCACAACCUUAUAUGUUUAGAAGCUCACAUUAGAGAAGCAGCUAUGAUCGAUGCUCUUCAUGGGGCAAAUAUCACAAACCAACAAGCUGGCCAAUAUUAUGCUCCAGCGUCAAAGUGGCCGUUGAAAAAAAAACGACAGUUAGGAGUUGUACUUUUACAUAAAGCAAUGAAUAUUUACCUUGCAGAAGGAGAAACUCAAAUCAGAAAAUGUGAUUUAAAAUAAUUUUUUGAUUAUUAAUAUGAAUUUAAAUAAUAUAUUUAUUUAUUAUGUAAUGACAUCAAAAUGUAAUAGGAAAAUUCCUGCAAAGUAUGUUUUUUUUUCAAUUUAAACCUACCCAGCUAGUUUUCAUAAUUAUAAUUUAAUUAUUUAGAUGUGUGUGAGGUUAUUUACUCUAAUAUUGUGUUUUGAUUUAAAUUAUUUUGUACACAUAGAUUAAAUUAUUUUGUGACAAGAGAAAAUGAUCUCGUACUUCACUGACUGACCAAACAUAAUGAUAAUUAAAUAAUGCAGUGUUGCAAAUAUGUUUUGUCUGUAAAUUAAGAGACUAAUGGAUUUUUAUGUUUAA